UCUUCUUGCAGGAGCACGUGGUUCUCAGCGUCCCCGGUCACCAUGGAGACCACCCGGAUGUGAUGAGUGAGCUGUCCAUGGCAGGGAGGUUACCCAGAGCUGUCUGCAGGGGCCAUGUCUGGAAAAAUGAAGUGGGUGACGGAUAUCGAGAAAUCAGUUUUAAUUAAUAAUUUUGAGAAGAGAGGAUGGGUCCAGGUUUCGGAGAGCGAAGACUGGAAUUUCUACUGGAUGAGCGUUCAGACCAUCAGAAACUGUUUCAGUGUGGAGACUGGGUUCAGACUGUCCGACGACCAAAUUGUCAAUCACUUCCCCAACCACUAUGAGCUGACCAGGAAGGAUUUAAUGGUGAAGAACAUUAAACGUUAUAGGAAAGAAAUGGAGAAAGAAGGAAGCCCACUGGCAGAGAAGGAUGAAAAUGGCAAAUAUCUGUACUUGGACUUUGUGCCCGUCACCUUCAUGCUCCCGGCAGAUUACAACCUGUUUGUGGAAGAAUUCCGGAAAAACCCUUCCAGCACCUGGAUCAUGAAACCUUGUGGGAAAGCUCAAGGGAAGGGAAUAUUCCUUAUCAACAAACUCUCCCAGAUUAAAAAAUGGUCCAGAGACAGCAAGACCUCCUCGUUUGUGUCGCAGUCUUCCAAAGAAGCUUAUGUUAUCUCUUUGUAUAUUGACAAUCCUUUGCUGAUCGGAGGGAAAAAAUUUGACCUGCGCCUCUAUGUCCUUGUCACCACCUAUCGACCUCUCAAGUGUUAUAUGUACAAGCUGGGAUUUUGUCGGUUCUGUACUGUAAAAUAUACCCCAAGCACUAGUGAGCUGGAUAAUAUGUUUGUACAUCUAACAAAUGUCGCUAUUCAGAAACAUGGGGAUGACUACAAUCACAUCCACGGCGGGAAAUGGACGGUCAGUAAUUUGCGUCUGUACCUGGAGAGCACGAGAGGACGAGAAGUCACUGAUAAACUCUUUGAUGAGAUUCACUGGAUUAUUGUGCAGUCCCUGAAGGCAAUGGCGCCGGUGAUGAAUAAUGACAAGCAUUGCUUUGAGUGUUAUGGAUAUGACAUCAUAAUAGAUGACAAAUUAAAGCCGUGGUUAAUCGAGGUCAACGCCUCUCCAUCUCUCACGUCCAGUACAGCCAAUGACCGCAUUUUGAAGUACAAUCUCAUCAACGACACUCUUAAUAUAGUUGUUCCAAACGGGGAGAUCCCAGAAUUCAAGUGGAAUAAAGUGCCCCCCAAAGAGGCUCUUGGAAGCUAUGAAGUCUUGUACGAUGAAGAAGCAGCGCAAGCUGAUGGGCUAGAUCGAGACAUGAGGAACCGACCUGGACAGACUUUUGGCGUUAAAGGAAGUCGGGCAAGGGACUCUGGAAGAUCUGCUCCUACAACAUGGAAGUAGUUUGGCUCUGAAGACUGUGCUAAUCAUGAUGCGUACAAUACUCAGAAAUUUCAAAAAUCUCCAAUAAAAUCAGAAGUAGGGUCUCCUCAUGUAGUCAUAGCGGCCCCUGUAUACCUGUAAAUUACUUUUUUUUUUUU